AUGGCUGCAAAUGCAUCAGGCCAACAAAGUAACGAUCAAAUUCCCCUAACAGUUUUUGUUGACAAAGAUAAAAACAAAGUUGUGUACGCUGAAGCUGGCAAAGAUUUUGUUGAUGUUCUUUUCAGCAUCUUAACAUUGCCCUUAGGGACUAUUGCAAGACUCGUGUCUAAGGAUUCAAAUAUAGAAGCAGUCAAAUUUGGCAGCAUUAGUUCUCUCUAUCAAAGUGUGUCAAAUCUUGAUGAACAAUAUCUAUGGUCAAACACAUGCAAAGGAAUGCUACUCAAGCCAAGGAACUCGAUGGAACCUUAUUGCCAGAAGAUGAAACUCAACAUCGACGAAACCGAACCCUUGAUGUACUAUUUCUGCGAGGACAAGACUUGCAGAAUAGAAAAUUGGUACAGUUUGUGUACGUUCAAGGAUCAAAUAUGCACUUGUGGAAAGCUAAUGAAUGUAGUUCUUCCACAAAAAAACAAUACAGAAAAUGGCUUUGUUGAAGAAACGUCUACUUUUGUUAUUUCCGACAAUCUUUUCGUGAUGCCUAAUCUUCUAAGAACAAGUUUAAGUCUCUUUCAGAAGCUUGGAAUCAAGGACAUUGACGCUGUUGAUAAACAAACCGUAAAUAUCAGCAAGAAUGAGGCAUUUGAUAUUCUCAAGUUUUCUUUGAUAUCAAAGACUCCUUUGACAGACUUUAUAUUUAAAAAGGUUAAAUUGGUUAGUAAUUUAGACCCAAGAAACCGAUUGGAAUUUUGGAUGGGUGAAUUGGAAUUUGAAAAGAAACCAUCUGAUGACUCUAAUAUGGUAGUGAAAUUCCUGAGAAACUGGUUGGGAUUUUGGAUUGGUGAAUUAGAGUUAAAAGAGGAAGCAUCUGAUGAAUCUAAUAUGGUUGUGAAACUACUGAGAAGAAAAUCAAAUGAACAGAUUCUGUUUGCCGAGGCUAAAGAAGAUUUUGCUGACUUUGUUUUUAGUUUUCUUACCUUUCCUUUAGGAGGAGUGUUGCAUAUGCUUCAAGGAUUCUCUUUUUUAAGCUGCGUUGAUAAUUUAUACAAAAGCAUGACUGAGUUGUGUUCAGCUAGAUGUUUAUUGUCACAAGAACUCAAAGACAAGUUAACUAAACCUCCGAUUUCGAUGGAGUUCAAUGUCAGGAACCAAAUAUUACCUAUCCAUGGUGAUUAUAAAGAUAAAAGUGAGCCAUAUAGAUUUGUUGAUCCUAAAUCUCCUAUUUAUGGAGGAUUUGCAAAAGGGCCAUUAACUUUUAUGGUGACAGAUGAUUUGGUAAUGAGUCCAAUGUCAUCUAGUAAUGUUGUUUCAUAUUUAGAAAGAAUGAAUGUUCCACUUAAUGACUUGGAAGAAAGGGUUGUCAGCAUAGGUGUCAAGGAGGGUCUCAGGAUUUUAAAAGCUGCAUUAACAACAACUUCUGCUUUGACAAACGGUCUCAGCCUUUCCGUAAUGGAGCAGUUCUUUCAUGAUCAAAACUCUCAAUCUAUCGAUAAGAGCUGA